AUUAAGAAGCCACGUUCCAAACACUGAACUUUUAAGUUAGAAAAUAAAUCAUUUGAGAGCGAGCUGCAGAUCCCCGAUUAUAGCAGUGAAAAUUUGCGCAUACAGAAACUAAAGAAACAAAAUCUGUUCCUUCGAGCUCUCAAUCGACUCCAAUUCUCGGUGACUAGGUAACAAGUGAAAAAUGGAGAAAUCGUGCUCUUUGCUGGUACAUUUUGACAACGGCACUCCAGCCCUUGCUAAUGAGAUUAAGGAGGCACUAGAAGGAAAUGAUGUUCCUGCUAAGAUUGAUGCCAUGAAAAAUGCAAUCAUGCUUCUGCUGAAUGGUGAAACCCUGCCUCAGCUCUUCAUUACUAUAGUUAGAUAUGUAUUACCCUCUGAAGACCACACUGUUCAGAAAUUGCUGUUGUUAUAUUUGGAGAUCAUCGACAAGACUGAUGGCAAAGGUCGUGUGUUGCCCGAAAUGAUCUUGAUCUGCCAGAAUCUAAGGAAUAAUCUUCAGCACCCGAAUGAAUACAUCCGAGGUGUCACACUGAGGUUCCUUUGUCGGCUGAAUGAGGUGGAGAUCAUUGAGCCUUUGAUACCCUCCAUUAUGUCUAACCUGGAGCAUCGACACCCUUAUGUUAGGAAAAAUGCAAUUCUUGCUGUGAUGUCGAUUUACAAGCUCCCACAAGGUGAGCAGCUCUUGGUUGAUGCACCAGAGACCAUUGAGAGGUUUCUUUCAACGGAGCAGGAUCCAUCAGCUAAGAGGAAUGCAUUUCUGAUGCUUUUCAAUUGUGCUCAGGAUCGUGCUAUCAAUUACCUUUUGACCAAUGUUGACAGAGUACCUGACUGGGGAGAAUUAAUGCAGAUGGUUGUCUUGGAGUUAAUCCGGAAAGUUUGUAGGACGAACAAAGGAGAAAAAGGUAAAUAUAUCAAGAUAAUUAUAUCCCUUCUGAAUGCCCCUUCAGCUGCUGUUGUCUAUGAAUGUGCUGGAACCCUCGUUUCUUUGUCUUCUGCUCCUACGGCUAUUAGAGCUGCGGCUAGUACAUAUUGUCAGCUUCUUCUCUCUCAGAGUGACAAUAAUGUUAAGUUAAUUUUGCUUGAUCGUCUGAAUGAACUUAAGUCUUCCCACAAAGAUAUUUUGGUCGACAUGAUCAUGGAUAUACUGAGGGCACUAUCAAGCCCAAACCUUGAUAUCCAAAGGAAAACUCUUGAUAUUGUUCUAGAACUGAUCACCCCUCGAAAUGUCAAUGAGGUAGUUCUUAAUUUGAAGAAGGAAGUUAUGAAAACUCAAAGCGGGGAGCUUGAGAAGAAUGGGGAGUAUCGCCAAAUGCUUAUUCAAGCCAUCCAUUCUUGUGCGAUAAAAUUCCCUGAAGUUGCAAGCAUAGUGGUCCAUUUAUUGAUGGAUUUCUUGGGAGACAACAAUGUGGCUUCUGCUAUGGAUGUUGUCAUUUUUGUGCGUGAGAUAAUUGAAACCAACCCAAAAUUAAGAGUUUCCAUUGUAACCAGACUUUUGGAUACAUUUUAUCAGAUCCGAGCUGCAAGAGUUUGUGCCUGUUCACUUUGGAUCAUUGGAGAGUAUUGUCUCUCACUUUCUGAAGUUGAGAAUGGCAUUUCAACUAUAAAGCAGUGCCUUGGAGACCUACCUUUUUUUUCGAUUUCUGAAGAAGAGGAAGCUGCUGAUUCUACAAAGAAGCCCCAGGUGACAAACUCCACUACCAUUUCAUCUAAAAGACCAGCCAUCCUUGCUGAUGGGACUUAUGCUACUCAAAGUGCUGCCUCUGAAACUGCUUUCUCCCCUCCAACUGUAGUUCAAGGAUCUUUGGCUACUGGAAAUUUGCGAUCCCUUCUUCUCACUGGCGAUUUUUUUCUUGGGGCUGUUGUUGCCUCUACACUAACGAAGCUCGUAUUAAGAUUAGAAGAGGUUCAGCCUUCAAAGGUUGAAGUGAACAAAGCAUCAACCAGUGCAUUAUUGAUCAUGGUCUCGAUUCUACAGCUAGGGCAAUCUUCAGUUCUCCCUCACCCCAUUGACAAUGAUUCUUAUGACAGGAUUGUUCUUUGCAUAAGAUUGCUGUGCAACACAGAAGAUGCUGUGAAGACGAUCUGGUUGAAGUCUUGCCAUGAGAAGUUUGUUCAAAUGCUUUUAGACAAACAGUUACGUGAAACUGAGGAAAUAAAAGCAAAGGCUCAGAUAUCUCAUUUGCAGCCUGAUGACCUAAUUGACUUCUACCAUUUGAAGAGCAGGAAGGGCAUGAGCCAGCUGGAGUUGGAAGAUGAGGUUCAGGAUGAUUUGAAACGUGCUACUGGGGAGUUUGUUAAGGAUGCAGAUGAUGCUAAUAAGCUAAACCGUAUUGUUCAACUGACAGGGUUUAGUGACCCAGUGUAUGCUGAAGCUUAUGUGACAGUUCAUCAGUACGAUAUUGUUUUGGAUGUUACGGUUAUUAAUAGAACAAAGCAGACCCUUCAGAAUUUGUGCUUGGAGCUUGCUACAAUGGGUGAUCUUAAACUUGUUGAGCGACCACAGAAUUAUACUUUGGCGCCUGAAUCAAGCAAGCAAAUAAAAGCAAAUAUUAAGGUGUCCUCUACUGAGACAGGAGUCAUAUUUGGUAACAUUGUUUACGAGACCUCAAAUGUACUUGAGCGGACUGUCGUGGUCCUUAAUGAUAUUCAUAUUGAUAUUAUGGACUACAUCUCUCCUGCUGUGUGUGGUGAUGCUGCUUUUAAAACCAUGUGGGCAGAAUUUGAGUGGGAAAACAAGGUUGCUAUCAACACUAUAAUAACAGAUGAGAAAGAAUUUCUUGACCAUAUAAUCAAAUCAACCAACAUGAAAUGCCUGACUUCACCGUCGGCCCUGGAAGGUGACUGCGGCUUCUUGGCUGUUAACUUGUAUGCAAAGAGUGUAUUUGGGGAAGAUGCUUUGGUAAAUGUGAGCAUUGAGAAACAAGAAGAUGGGAAACUGAAUGGAUAUAUUAGGAUAAGGAGUAAGACCCAAGGAAUUGCCCUCAGCUUGGGUGACAAGAUAACUCUCAAGCAGAAGGGAGGAAGCUGAUCUCUUUAGCAGGGUUAAACUCAAAACAUGCUUGGAAGAAUAGUCGGAGUUCUCUGCGAUCAGCUGUUGCUUUGGAAUUUGCAUCUUAAGGUAGAGGAGAUCAUAAAAGAAAAUGUUCUGUUUUUAGGUGUAUUUUCUAAAAAUUAUUUGUAAUGAUUUUUUACUGCAAAAUGACUGUAAUUUUGAAUAGAGUAAUUAAUUUUGAUUAAAAUCUGUGCACGGUGGAUUUAAACUAUAGAUUUGCUUUGACGUAUCCCAUA